UCAGGGGAAAUUAAUCCUUUUCUUUUAUUCAGGAAAUGUGAUGUAGAUGUAGCAACAAUACAUCAAGUGGAGUUGUGAAUGAGUUUAGUCUUUACCUUAGAUAACCCCUCAUUUUCCUCACAUGCUCACGGCAUGAGGGAAGAUGUUCUUCAAGUAUUUGGGUCAAAAACAAAACCUAACUCCUGGGGAGGAAUGAGAGGGUAGUGGGGCGGACAAACAAAACAUUUAUAACACAUGUACUUUCCCCACGUGAAUCAAUAUGCAAGCCCUGAACUCCCCGUUGAGCAAUGAGGCCAAAGAGAAGCAGCAGCUGAAAGACAGAUGAGACAGAGGGAGGGCUGUGGGAUGUCAUGUGUGAAGGAGAAGACUCUCAUUGGAGGCAGAGAGAAAGAAGACUGAAUGCAUGUUUUGAGGGGAAAAAAGGACACGAAAAGCAUCCUCCUACACGCUGCAGCCAUCUUGGUCGCACUGCUCCAUUCUGGACUCCACAUCUGAUUGUUUUUAAGCUCUAACAAGACUGGAAUGAUGUCCUCCAAAUUGAAGUGGCUGAUUCUGAUCCAGCUCCUGCUGAAUGAACAGGCUUGGUGCAGGAUCCCACCUCCUCUGGCGCUGAGAAACACUCCGCUUCCAGGAGCUGACUUCAAUGAAGCGAGAAAGGAAACAGCCAAACAGGAUCAUCCAUCUCUCCUGGGACCCAAACUGCAGCUCCGUAUCCCACCUGCAGAAAACCCUAAUCCUCCUCAAAUAGAGGAGAGAGUUCAAUCUGCCGAAAAUAUAAUAUCAAUCCUCAGGGCGAAGCUUCCGGAGCAGAUUCAAGAUCACCUCCACAUUCAGGGGAACGUCAGCUGUGAGGAACUGCUAGCUGCCAGCGCCGUGGACGACCCAUCAUCCUCCCUGUUCCCCCAGGAGCUCCUGGGUCUCUCUUUAGUGCCUGUGUUGGUGGUGGCAGGCUGCCAACAGGAAGCACAGACCCUGGUGCUCAAGCUGUACGGCCUGCUGGGAGUGGCGGACACGGAGGAGCUCCUGAUGGAGGUGGAGGGUCUGAUCGAGAGGAGGGGGAGCAAGUCUGCAUCCACGCAUGCACCUGCAUUAUCGCCUUCAGAGAGGAAUCAAGCAGGGUGCCACAUGGAGGCUGUGAUGUUUAACAUCCAGCAGCUGACCAUGGUGGGAGACGGUUCCCCCCAGCGUGAAGGGCAUUGUGAGGGCUGGACCAGGGUGAGUGGAACCACACUGGCAGGAACAGCGAUGGAAGGAGCCACAGGGGAUCUAGAGGAGGCUAUGCGGGCCUGUGAGAGACUGGGAGUCCUGUGUGCUGGUGUGACCAGCAGUGGACCACUCAAACCUGGGAAGUACCAGGGAGUGUUGAAGAAAGGCAGCCGCGUCUUACCCUCUGAAUCCACAGAGUCUGAAUGUUGGAUCCGUCAGUGCAGCGCAGAGGAGGAUGUUCUGACCGCUGCUGCUUCGGGCCGACGGGAGAGGCGAAGCCCCCGGAGCAGUUGCAUCAACAAAAGCGAGGAGCGUGUGCACAACGUGGUGGAGUGGAUCCCUGCAGUCAGCACCCUCUACAACCUCGGCACAGCUGUGUAUUACGCCUCAGUGAACUGCUCCGAGACCGCCAAGGAGAGAGCCAUCCUCAGCGCUGUUGACCUCGGCACGGAUGCUCUCAUGGUGGCCACGGGGGGGACUGCCGGGGUGGCAGGCUACGCACUGGGCGCAGGGGUGAAGACCGGUGUGAAAGCAGGCGUCAGGUAUCUGCUCAAGUCCAUGAAGCAGGAGGAUGACGUGCUGGUCAACCAGUUCAACCGGGAGGAUGGCGUAUUCACUGUCCAGUAGACUAAAGGAUUGAUAAAUCAGCCUGUGAAUCUUUAGCAAUAAAUAUCUUUAAAUCUAGUUUAUACAUUCAAUUAAAAAAGACAGUAACACAGGAUCAAAGUUUGUUAACUGACAUGGUUGAUGAGUACAAUUUGGGUUUACCAGGCGUUAAAUUAUCUAGAUUAUUUGAAAAACAAGAUUACACAUUUUUGUAUUACUCAGUGGAUUAUUAGAAUCAAGUUUUGAAAUGGGGGGGAACACUUUUUAAUCGUGUCACUGCACAAACUUCAUUUUACACAGUUUGACAAGGAUUAUUCAAUAUUGAAGAUUUUUCUAAUGAAAAAUGAAAUGUACUUAGAGUAAAAAGGUAAUCAUACAUUAUGCAUUAAUUGCAAACAAGGUUUAACAAGUUAAGUAAGCUGUUGAAAUGUUUUGCUUGUAGAAUAGUAGCUCCUUUUGUGAAUAAUUGAUUAAAUAGUACCACAGAGAACAAUGUACCAUAUUAAGCAUCAACUUCUGAAAAACAGGUCUCAGGAAAUCAAACCUUCAAUCCCUCAAGACUUUCAUUUUGCUCUUCAUCCGGUGUCUUUUCUUCUGAUUAUUGUGUUUCAUCAUGCUUCUUAUUUUCUUCCCUUCCAUGAAAACGUUUUGUCGGGUCAGAGUCACAUUCCACCUCUGGUGUUAAUUGCAGGGACAAUAGACUGAAAACUAAGUUUUGUAGCUCUAUAUAUUUGUAUUAAUUUUCGUGAAAAGUCAAUAAAUUGUUUGAAUCUA